AAAGGAAAGGACUGAUGGAGGAGCAGGGUUGAGACAGAGAAAUCAGAAUUGCUGAAAUAGCACAAAGGAGCUUGAAGGAAGCAGCCAGGAAGAGACACACUGACGAGCCGAGACACAGCAUGAGAAAGGGAGAGCUUGCAGCAGCAGCUUCAUUCUCAUCAGCAGGAGAGUCGGUUGCAUGCAGCCACACCGGGACUCUCCCAAAUGAACCGUCACACAUCGCCUGCACAGUCGUAUGAGAAGCCAGCAACGCAGCAUUACAGUGAAGCAGAAGUGAAAGCAUGAUAGAGGAGAUGAGGGGCAUCUCUCCCACCUGACUCACUCUGGGAGUCAGCAUCAGCACCUGCAGCGGCACACCGAGCACUCCCUUCACCGAGGAGCAAGAGGGGGAGAGAGCUGCUGAGAUUAUGCACGGGGCAGUGAGCUCCAGUGGAUUCCCCAUCUUUGGCAACAGCAGCGGCAGCGGGGGUAGUUGGAGCGUUGGCUCUCCAGACAACAGCAGAGCCAACUGGAGCUGCAGCAGAACAAGGAGCGCCGACUCCAAAUCUAUUUAUUUAUCCAGGAUUGAAAGCAGCAUUCACAGCCACGGUGUAAGAGGAACCAGCUGCCGAUGGAGCCACAGUGUUGAAUGUACCUGUAGCCAAAGCAGUGACAGCUGCAGCAAAGCUGGUGCAAAGGAGACCUCAGCAGUGCAGUUUGGUUUAGUUGUAGUAGCAGCAGGGGGGGGCAGUGGCUCAGGACACUGAAUGACCAGUGUGGCUCAUGAAGGCCACCUGGAUCCGCUUGCUGAAACGAGCCAAGGGAGGUCGAGUCAAGAGCUCCGAUGCCUGUGGUUCGGCCGACUCUUACACCAGCCGUCCAUCAGACUCCGAUGUUUCCCUUGAGGAGGAUAAGGAGGCAGCGCGCAGAGAGGCAGAGAGACAGGCUCAGGCACAGCUUGACAAAGCCAAGACCAAACCAGUUGCAUUUGCUGUUCGCACAAAUGUCAGCUACAGUCCCAGUCAUGACGACGAUGUCCCUGUGCCCGGCAUGGCGAUCUCCUUUGAGGCCAAGGACUUCCUCCAUGUCAAAGAGAAAUUCAAUAACGACUGGUGGAUAGGACGUCUGGUGAAAGAAGGCUGUGAAAUUGGCUUUAUUCCCAGUCCAGUGAAGUUGGAAAACACUCGCAUCCUCCAGGAGCAGAGAGCCAAACAGGGCAAGUUUCACUCCAGCAAACUAGGAGCGAACUCAUCAUCUAGUUUAGGUGAAGUGGUUUCAAACUCCAGGAAGUCUACUCCUCCUUCAUCUGCUGUUGACAUAGACACCACAGGUUUAGACCCAGAAGAAAAUGAGCCCCCGGUCAACCUGCGCUCCCCUAAAACCAGUCCAAACACUGUUAUAUCACCCCUAGCAAAAGAGAAACGUAUGCCCUUCUUUAAGAAGACGGAACACAUUCCUCCAUACGACGUUGUGCCUUCCAUGCGACCCGUAGUUCUAGUUGGACCGUCUCUGAAGGGCUACGAGGUGACAGACAUGAUGCAAAAAGCACUGUUUGACUUCCUGAAACACAGAUUUGAAGGAAGAAUUUCAAUCACCCGUGUCACGGCGGACAUCUCACUGGCCAAACGCUCGGUACUGAACAAUCCCAGCAAGCACGCCAUCAUCGAGCGCUCCAACACACGCUCCAACUUGGCUGAAGUUCAAAGUGAGAUUGAGCGCAUAUUCGAACUGGCUCGUACGCUGCAGCUGGUGGUUCUGGACGCCGACACAAUCAACCAUCCUUCUCAGCUGGGGAAGACGUCCCUCGCCCCCAUCAUUGUCUACGUGAAAAUCACCUCCCCCAAGGUGCUGCAGCGCCUCAUCAAGUCCAGAGGAAAGUCUCAGGCCAAACACCUGAAUGUCCAGAUGGUGGCUGCUGACAAGUUGGCGCAGUGUCCUUCUGAGAUGUUUGAUAUCAUCCUAGAUGAGAACCAGCUGGAAGAUGCAUGUGAGCACAUGGCUGAUUACCUCGAAGCCUACUGGAGGAGUACUCAUCCCACCAGCUCCAGCCCCCCAGACCCGGUGCUUACAAAUCUACCCGCAGCGGCCCUGCCCAGCGCACCAACGCCAGCCUCUGGUGUCCAGGGCAAUGGUACAGAGCCGAAAGGGGAGAAGGCAUUGGUGGAGAGGAAGGGGUCCAGAGAGGAGAACCAGCAGCAUCAUUAUCACAAACACCACCACCACAACCAUCACCAGAGCCAGGAGCAGGCAGACGUAGAGGCUGAGGGGGACAGCAAUGAGGAGGAGCGCCCUUUAAGGACAGAGUCUGGUAAAAGAGCCCCACACAUCCACCACAGGUCGUCCUCCACUAGGACUGAGCACCACAACAACCAUCACCACCACCACCACCAUCACCACCACAGCGGCAGAGCCAGGGGCCUCUCUCGGCAGGAGACUUUGGACUCUGAGACCCCCGAGAGUCGAGAGAGUCGCGAAAGCAAGGAAUCUGCUCGCAUUGAGUCGAGAGCUCCACAACGCCACGAGGACGACGAAGAGGAGGAGGACGACGAAGACGAGGAAUUAGGGGAGGGGCAUCCCCAGCAGCAGCGUCGACAUGAGCCUUUGCCCCAUCGGGACCACAACCACCAUCACCACCACCACCAUCAUCGCAGCGGGGCGGACGAGGCCGGCCAGGGGCAUCAUCGUUCGAAAGAGCGUGAGCAGGACCACAACGAGCGCAACAAGCAGCGCUCUCACCACCACCGCCGCCAGGCCCGUGAACACCACCACCAUCACUAUGAGCGGGACAGGGAGAGAGACAGAGAGGGGGAAGUGGCUCCCAAAAGGAGAGGCGAGACAGGCGAGGCGUGGGCCAAAGACUCUCACAUCCAUCAUUGACAGACCAAAGGCCUGCUGAAGCCCCUCUGGACUCCUCAUUCCCCCAUCAUGCUGCUAAACUCUGAAGCAUCCUGUUUCUCUUCCCAUCUUUGUAAAUGCUCUCACGUCUUUUACAGGAUUUUGACUACAUAGAUGUGAACAU